AUGGCGUCAAAGCAUUUUUGGAAAAGAUUCCCAGUGGGAUAUCUACGAUUGAAAUGGUCUUCGAGCGUUCAAGUUUUGACUUGUUGUAGUUGUAGAAUUGAUUUUCGUGUAAGUAGUGUAUUGGCGUGUUUAGUGAAUCAGUCCAGUAGCCACAGAGUCUUUAAAGCGGAUCAUUUGCUGGGCAUCUCUGUGGUAAUGAGCCAUCUGGACACUAGCGGCUGGCGCCAAUUUCUGUUCAGCGACUCAAGCGUCGCAUUUUGGGCCGGCGGCAUGGCAGGCGCGGUGUCAAGAACCGUGGUGUCGCCGUUCGAGAGAGUCAAGAUCCUCCUACAGGUGCAAAGCUCGACUCAGGCCUACAACCAGGGCGUUUUCGGCGCUGUCAAACAGAUCUACGUGGAGGAAGGAAUUCCGGGCCUGCUGCGUGGUAAUGGUCUCAACUGUGUGCGGAUCUUCCCUUACAGCGCGGUCCAGUUUGUGGUGUACGAUUUCUGCAAACGUCAAUGGUUCCAGCUGGAUGCCACGGCCACAGCGAACCAGAGCCGAAACCACAAUCAACAGCUCCACGGAUGGCAGCGACUUGUGGGCGGUGCGACAUGCGGAUUCUGCAGCGUUCUGGCUACAUACCCGCUGGAUCUGAUUCGCACAAGGCUUUCGAUCCAAACCGCCAACUUGGCCCGCUUGAAAAGUAGUUCCGCGAAACCGCCCGGCGUGUGGGAAUUGCUGGUGAAGACCUACGUCCAAGAGGGCGGAAUCGCGGGCCUCUACCGCGGGUUUUGGCCCACUAGCAUCGGCGUAGUACCUUACGUCGCGUUGAACUUCACCGUGUACGAACAACUGCGUGAAUUCAUUCCUUCAAGCGUCGACCCCACCUGGGCCAGUCUCUAUAAACUCUCCAUCGGUGCCAUAAGUGGUGGAGUGGCUCAAACCAUCACGUAUCCGUUCGAUCUACUCAGAAGACGUUUCCAGGUCCUGGCGAUGGGCCAGAAUGCGCUUGGAUACCGCUACACGGGCGUUUUGGAUGCGCUAAGAACCAUAGGACGCACCGAGGGUUUCAAGGGCUAUUACAAGGGCUUGACUGCUAAUCUAUUCAAAGUCGUUCCUUCUACAGCGGUCAGCUGGGUAGUCUACGAAGCCAUUCGCGAUGUAAUGGCCAAAAGUUGA